CAGGCUGCGAGCGCAGUCUGCUGGAUACCAGAGAGUGGAGAGAGCGAGGGAGGCAAGCCUUUAAAUCUCUGCGGUGCAGAGCUGGAAAAGCUGCUUCUCAGCGAAAAUCAGACGCCCUAUUUACUCUGCUUAUUUGCUCCUUUCGUUUUCCUGGAGAAAAGAAGGACUUACAACCAAGAAGUUGCAACGAGGACUGGUGCCCGUCUCAGCGAACAAACUCGGUAUUUCUUUUAUUAUUAUUUAUGCUAAAUUUUUUUUUUGAUUUUUUUUUCUUCUGUGAAUACACUUCUGCUGAUUGGACUGAGGUCUUACUUUUGCACUGAGACGCACUGCUUUUUCUACCUCCUGCCUGGUCUCUCUGCCAGAUUAUCCCAGCAGAAGUAGGCUACAUGACGCAAACCGUGUGCUGAGCAUUAGUCUGAAAGUUUUCCUCCACAACUUUUUUUUCCUUUUCUUUUUUUUCCCCCCCUUCGCCAAUCACACGGUAUUUCAUGCUACAGCAAGUCAGUGCGCAGCGGUGGAUGAGCCAAAAGAACUAUUGCAUGAAACAAGAGAGGAGAGAAGAGACGCUGAUUAAUAAGUCAGUUUUUGCGACGCUCGCCAGUACCUUUGUACAUCUGCAAAAGAGUCGCGACAACAACAUGAGCGCAGAGCUGAGCAUGGGCCCGGAGCUACCCAGCAGCCCUCUGGCUCUGGAAUACGUCAACGAUUUUGACCUGAUGAAGUUUGACGUGAAGAAGGAAGGCCUGGCCGGACUGGAUCGGAACGGCGUGCGCCAGUGCAACCGCCUCCAGCCCCAAGGCUCGGUGUCCUCCACCCCCAUCAGCACACCCUGCAGCUCGGUGCCCUCCUCGCCCAGCUUCAGCCCCACAGAGCAGAAAAACCACCUAGAGGAGUUGUACUGGAUGCCGAACAGCGGUUACCACCAGCAGAUAGACCCGCAGACGCUAAGUCUGACCCCGGAGGACGCAGUGGAGGCCCUGAUCGGAGCCACGGCUCACGGCCACCCUCCGCCUCCGCAUGUCCAGCAGCAGCUGCAGCAGCAAGGCGCUUUCGAGGGCUACAGGGGCCCGCAUCACCACCACAGCCACCACGGCCACAGCCAGCAGCAUCAUCACCCGUACGCCGGGGGCAUCCCCCACCACGCCGACGAACUGUCCGGACACCCGGGCGGACACAACCACCCACACAGCCAGCACCACCACCACCACAGCCAGGACCCCGACAGCCCGUCCCCGGUCUCCCCAGAGUCCCACCAGCCGCUCCACCACCACCGCCACCAUCACCACCACCACGCGCACGGCCACCUGAGCCAGUCGGCGGCGCACCACAGCUCCGGACUCAACGUGGAGGACCGGUUCUCCGACGACCAGCUGGUGUCCAUGUCGGUGAGGGAGCUCAACAGACACCUACGGGGGUUCACCAAGGACGAGGUCAUCCGCCUCAAGCAGAAGAGGAGGACCCUGAAGAACCGGGGCUACGCUCAGUCCUGCCGGUUCAAGCGGGUGCAGCAGAAGCACGUGCUGGAGAACGAGAAGACGCAGCUGAUGAACCAGGUGGAGCAGCUGAAGGCGGAGAUCAGCCGGCUGGCGAGGGAGAGGGACGCCUACAAACUCAAGUGCGAGAAACUGACGGGGUCAGGGCCCAAUAACGGGUUCCGCGAGGCGGGCUCGACCAGUGACAACCCCUCAUCACCAGAGUUUUUCAUGUGAGUUGUCGUAGCCUUUUCUUGUGAACCCCAUCACAACAAACGGUCGCCCCCCCACCCUCCACCCUCCACCCUCCAACCCAUCCUUUGCUCCACAAAUGACUGACUUUGCUGAUGAACAAACGAUAAUAAUCCACACCUCCCAUGCUGUUUGAUUAUACUACUAACGGUAAACAAUUAUAUUCCUAUUAGAAGAAUAAUCCAUCAAAUAGUAUUCUCAUAUAUAAUCAUCUCUCCAUCCACGUGUCAACUGAGAUACAAAGAGCAAUGUAGAGUGUCCGAUCAGCCGCAGCAUCUUUGUAGAUUAGUUGCUUAAGUAGUGAAGAGACUUUUUUUUUCUUCUUCUUCUUCAAAGACGAGGAUCGGCUGAUGAACUAUUUUUCCCCCCUCUCUCUCCUUUGAGGCUACAGCUUUUAAAUAACCUGUAAGUAGUGUGGGACGGCGUCGAGGCAGUUGUCUUGUAAUUUUUUUCUCCAAAAAACAAAAAACAAAAAACGAUGACAUUGUUAUGAAACAACGAGCAGGCCUGGCCUCGCAGCCUGCAACACACGAGACUCACAUUCGACAAGUGGGCCCCGUAAUCUGAAGGGAGGGGGGGUAAAGAAAACACAAAUCUCCAUAAAGCGGGACUCCACUUUAUGCAAAUUUAACGUCUGUCUACUAACCCGUCACGGGAGGGGGACAUUUUAUGCAACAUCUCAUUGAUUUAUUGCCUGCUUGGUUAUAUUCGAAUAUAUAUUGAAACGGAAAAAAAAAAUCUGCAUUAAAUAUUAAUCCUGCAUGCUGGACAUGUACGGUAACAAUUUCUAUUUUGUACUUUACAUCUUCUCGUGUAUAUUAAGAGCAUGUUGUUGAUCUGCGCUUCUCCAUAGUUUUUGGGGGGUUAGAGAAAUGCAGCGGGGACAGAAACAGCAGGACUGCCGGUGCAGUAUCAUGUGGUGUGGGGUUUCUUUAAGGCUUGUAAAUAUUAUGCAACCGCAAAAACUGCACAACAAGAUUGAGGAGGCUGGUUUAAACUUCUUUCUUUGUGUUGUGUUUUUUUUAUUAUUAUUAUUAUAGUUAUUUUACAGUUAUUUGCUAUGAUUUGUUUUUAUCAUUUAGGGGUAUUGAUUUGAAGAGAGGAGUGCGUGUUUUUUUUUUUCUCUCAAUUGCAUUUAAAUACAACAAACUGUGUGUGUGUCAAGUGCACUUUUUUAGAUAAUGAGUUGCAAGUUUUCAUUUUGAAUUUUGUGCAGACCUCCCUCCAGGAAGACAUACUAUGAUAUUAUACUGCAGUGGUAUUAGAGGCAGGCCCCGAGUGCAAAGUUUCAGAGGGAGAUUUGGAGGCACGUCGUGUGGGGCUGAAGACACAAACAUGUGGCCGCAGAAUAUUUCGCACCAGGGUGAAUAUCCUGUUUGACAAACACGGUGUGGGACAGCUCUAUCAUUUUGAUUCAAAGUAGCUUUUUUUUUUUUUUUUUUUUUUUUUUAUAAAACCACAGACUCAAUGAGGUGUUCCCUGCAUUUGACCCAAACAAAGCCUCUUGUUCCGAUUGGCGGCCACCUGUAGCAUAUUUUCACUGGGCCUACUAUUAAUGAUUUAUAUUUUUAACAACAUUCAAAAAAAAAGAAAAAAAGAAAGUGCAACAACUCACGUGUCAGAGGUUUUAUGUAGCUAGAGUUCAUAUUUAGAUAACAAAGAUGUUUUAAUACAACGUUUGAGACUAUUAAUGUUCUAUGUUUUCCUGAUUUUUUUUCUGCCGGUCAGUAAAAAAGGGGACUCAGGUUGUGCAAAUUCUCAAAAUGAAAACAGUGUCUAUGUUAUGUAAUACUUUUUUUUUGUCUGUUUUAUUAUUAUUUGAUGAUUCUGGUUCUGGUGGCCAGAUGCAUAGUUAAAGUUUUUAUUUUAAUGAUUUAAAUUAAACUGUCGGAUCAUAUCGAUUAAGCAUGGUGCUUGCAUUGAAACUAAUGUUGAAAAAGUCAUGCAUUUAACAAUCUUUUUUUUUUUUGUUUGUUUGUUUUGUCGUUGAUGAUUCAACUGUGUUGAAAUCAAACUGAAACUGCAGCAGCGGGUUGUUGUCUUUUUUUUUCUCUCACCAAUUCCAUGUAGUGAUGGGGAUCAAUUUUAAAUCCUGUUUAUAUAAAUAAUGAUAACAUUUAAAUUUGAACUGUUCCAUUCAGGCUGGUUUCUGUUUUGUCCUUUUUUGUUGUUUUUGGAAGAAAUUGUUUCAUAUUUUUGCUUAUUAAAGUCAUUGAUAUGGCAAUA